CGGGAUCACCGAUAUUGAAGGCACGAUAAAGGAGCUUUUAUUGACACUUAAACCCGGUGGCUUUCUUAUAAUUAUAGACGGUGAUCGCUUUAUGGAAACUGAUCAAACAAAAGUCAUGGCAGUGGCUAAGGUUGAGGGAGAUGAGAUAGAUUCCAGUUCUAGUGAAAAUGGCUCGUGGUUGGCGAGGAUAGCGUACGAGGCAAGUACUGCCAAUGCUAUCAGCGGAGCUGAUAUUGUAAAAGCUUGUGAUGUCAUUGAUCUUGGCCUGUGGGAUCACCCACUUUGCGAUCCCGAGACUGCAGGUGGUGGUUCUUUGUACAUUCCAAUAGAUCCAAACAAUAUAUCAUCACAAAGGUUACAACUUGCGGGAUUAUUGCUGCAGAAGACAUUUUUGAGCUCGCAUCUUGCGUGGCACCCGAUACUUCUAAAGCACGGAAUGAAGGAGCACGUCUUAACAGAAUGGUCGCGGAACAUUGAUUAUGGUCUAUCCGACCUCGAGAUAUUCCAUGAGGGCUCGAAACUCGAAGAAAGCCUAAACCUUCCUUACCCAGCUGUAUACCCAUAUAAAGAUAGAGAUCAUGCGCUCGCCGAAAUGAACCGACGGAAAGAUAUACUCGCAAAAUUUCCGAAGGCUGUCGUGGCAAAGUGUUGGGAGGAACAGAAAAGGACGGAUAUCAAGGAGUAG